AUGGGAGCCUACUUGUUGCAGUGCCAACUUUUACCUGACUCUAGCAACAUGCUUGGGGCUCUGACUGGACGUGGGCUGGUGCCCCCGCCGUGCCACCUGUGGCCGCGGACAGUGCCCGCUCACGUGCGUUGCAAAGUAACGUUUAUUUUUUCUUUUUUCUCUUUUUUUUGUUUCAUUUGUGUUGCCUCCGGCUCGCAGGUGGUGAAAGUGUUGCAUAGAAAAGUGAAGAGUCGGAAAUUAGAAGUAACUUCUACUGCCGCUUGGGGAAAAAAAAGGAAGGGAAUGUUGCUUUGCACGGGGGAGCGUCAUGCCUUCUCGCGUUUUUUUUGUUUGCUGGUCGCUUUGCUUACGCUUCUUUUUGCGUUCUCGGUGGAGGCUUCUGCGUUCUCUGUUUUAAAGACCAUCGCCUCCUCUUAUCAUCAGGGGGAUGUCAUUCCGGUCAUGGUGAGCUCGCUGACGUCAAAGGCGAAGGUUAUGCCGAUGCCGUGGAGGUUAGUGGCUCAAUGCUCGCUGAAAAAGAAGAAGCGAUAUCGACGUAACAUUGGUCAGCUGUUGUUUGGCGAUCAGCUGGAGGAGUCACCGUACGAGGUGGCUGUGUUGAAGAACGCGACGUGUGUACCACUUUGUACGGUGACAAUGACGCCAAAGGAUCAAAAAUACCUCUCCAAACUUAUUGAGGGCCGCUACCGUGGCAACUUGUACGUGGAUGAUUUGCCCGGGUUAGUGGAUAUUACCCUCAAAAAGGGAGGGCACCGUGUGACUACGGGGUAUAAUUUGGGUUAUUUAAACUCCUUCUCGGGGCCUGGUAGGGCGGUGGUGAACAACCAUCUGAUCUUCACCAUCUCGUACCAUCCAGUGGAAUCCCCGUUUAAUUUGGAGGGGAGAACAUACCGUAUUGUGCAGUUUCAAAUUACGCCCACGAGCGUCCACUACAAUAAUGCCAUCUGCGACCCCACGGACCUGCUAAAUGUUGGUCCGCAGCUUUUGAGCGACGACCGGAUAUCGUAUUCGUACAGUGUACAUUGGGUGGAGUCUCCACUGACGUGGUCAACGCGUUGGGAUGUGUUCAUGAAGAUGACGACAAGGGAGUCCAAGGUUCAUUGGUUCAGCAUCGUGAACUUUUUUAUUAUUACAUUGCUGCAGACUUUGGCGUUGUGGUACGUGCUGGUCCGUGCGCUGCGCAAGGACUUCUUGUACUACAACGAUCUUGAAGCCGAGGAACAGGAUGAGACUGGGUGGAAGGUUGUUCACGGUGACGUUUUUCGCCGACCACGCGGUGUUGGUCUUCUCUCCAUGUGCGUCGGGACCGGGACGCAGUUGGCAAUGAUGUUGGGAGCCACACUCUGCGUGGCGUGCAUGGGAUUUUUUUCGCCCCAGAGCCGUGGGAUGUUGGUGAGCACGCUGCUCUUUCUUUUUGUGCUGUUUAGUUUCUUCAACGGAAUGGUCACAGCCAUGCUCAUUAAGUACAUGAAGAUGCGGUCCUGGAAGCUGAUCUUCACCACCAGCCUUUUCUACCCGGCCCAGAUGUUUUUUGGUUACUUUGUGCUUAACUUCAUUCAUCUUGGCAAUUACGCUGCAAGUUCUGCCUCCUUGUAUUCGUUCAUUAUUCUCUUGCUUCUCUGGCAAGGCGUCUCUACUCCGUUGUUGUUGCUUGGCGCAGCCGUGGGAUUCCGUCUGAACAUCACGACACCAGUGAAGGUAAGCAGCAUUCCUCGCACCAUUCCACCGGCACCGUGGUACUUUGAUUCGGUGUUGACAAUAAUUCUGCCCGGUUUUGUGCCCUUUUCCGCGUCUCAUGUGGAGGUCACGUACAUAUUUGGAAGUGUUUGGCACGGGACGGUUUAUUACAUGUUUGGCUUUCUCUUGGCGGUGUAUGUGCUGGUGAUGGUCGUUGCCGCGCAGACAGCCGUUUUUUCAACGUACAUUCAACUGAACCGACAGAAUUAUCAUUGGUGGUGGCGCUCAUUUCUGACAUCUGCGUCGUACGGCGUUUGGAUCUUCUUCUACAGUGUAUUCUACUACUUCUUCUACUCCACGCUGAAGGGGUUUUUGAGUGCCGUGCUCUUUUUUGGAUACAUGGGGAUGGUGGCGUACACGCUCUGUCUCUUGAGUGGAGCCGUUGGCUUCCUCGCCUCCUUUGCUUUCGUGAGAGUCAUUUACAGUAACGUCAAGGUGGAGUAG